AUGAAUGUCGUGUUCAAUGAGAUUCGAGAUCGGUUGGAUAGGCAUGAGAAUCGGCUCGAACAACUUCAGCUAGAACCAUUACCUAGGCAUCGGAGACCCGACCAGCGGCCACAUUUUGCUCCAAAUGUCCCAGAUGAUGACUAUGAUGAUGGGGUGAGCAAUGAAGUGGUCUCCAAUGCUACUUGGAGGAGGGCUAGGGCUAUCAGACCCGAAAGGCCAAGGCAUGUUCAAAGGCAACACCGAGAAAGGGAAGCCGUAGAUCGUAACAUGGGCACCAUCAAGCUGUCCAUUCCUCUAUUUCAAGGUAAAAAUGACCCUGAUGUUUAUAUUGAAUGGGAGAGGAAAGUUGAGCUGGUAUUCGAUUGUCACAAUUACUCGGAGGAGAAGAAAGUGAAGCUUGCUGCGGUGGCUUUUAUCGACUAUGCCAUUAUAUGGUGGGAUCAGCUGACCCUGAGUAGACGUCGAAACCGUGAGCUUCCCAUCGACAAUUGGGAAGAUAUGAAAGUCGUUAUGAGAAGAAGGUUUGUUCCAUCUCACUAUUAUCGGGACUUACAUUUGAAAUUGCAAAGUCUAAAGCAGGGGUCCAUGACUGUGGAAGACUACCACAAGGAGAUGGAGAUAACCUUGAUUCGGGCUAAUAUUGAGGAGGGCCGAGAGGCGACCAUGGCUCGGUUCCUUUGUGGCCUGAACCGUGAGAUUGCCAAUAUUGUUGAGCUGCAUCACUACGUGGAGCUUGACGAUGAAAGGAGAUCAGGUCAUAUUGCUUCUCAAUGCCCAAACAAGCGAUCAAUGAUCACAUUGGAUAAUGGGGAGAUUGAAACUGAAGAGGAAGAUGAAGGAAAUGAGUCCACUCCAUCAGUUGAAGAUACUAGUGAUGUUGAGUUUGCUGUUGAUGGCCAAGCUCUUGUUGUGCUAAGAGCUCUCCAUAUGCAAGCCAAAGAAGAUGAUGAUGGGCCGCAAAGGGAGAACAUCUUCUACACCCGCUGCCAUGUGAAAUAUCGGGUAUGCGGUUUGAUUAUUGAUGGUGGCAGCUGUGUUAAUGUGGCAAGCAAGUUAAUGGUGGACAAGCUUGGUCUACCUACCUUGAAGUAUCCAAAGUCAUAUAAACUUCAAUGGCUCAAUGAUAGUGGAGAAAUGAAGGUAACCAAGCAGGUCCUUAUUUCAUUUACGAUUGGAAGGUACACGGAUGAGGUUCUGUGUGAUGUUGUACCCAUGCAAGCUAGUCAUUUGCUUCUUGGAAGACCGUGGCAAUUUGACAGACGGACCACACAUGAUGGGUAUAAGAACCGCUACAGCUUCAGCAAGGAUGGUAGGAACAUUACACUUGCACCUUUGACACCUCGUCAAGUAUUUGAGAAACAACUGCAGAUAAAAAAGUCCAUUGCAGCAAGAGGAAAAGGUGUGGUUGAGAUAGAAAAAGAAAAUAAGAGUGAAAAUGAAAAAAAAAAGAUGGAUUUUAAGAAUGUCUUUUCCGAGGAUACGCCACCUAGGUUACCACCCAAAAGAGGAAUCGAGCAUCAAAUUGAUCUCAUUCCGGGAGCUUCCAUUCCAAACCGACCAGCUUAUCGAAGUAGUCCAGAAGAGACCAAAGAGCUUCAAAGCAAGAGUUUGCAUGACCAUAUUGAUAAUUUGAAAUGUGUGCUUGAAGCUUUGAGGCAUGAAAAAUUAUUUGCUAACCUUAAGAAAUGCAGCUUUUGUGUAGAUAGGGCUGUUUUCCUUGGAUGUGUUGUUAGUUCCAGAUGCGUGGAAGUUGAUGAGGAGAAGGUGAAAGCUAUCAGGGAAUGGCCUACCCCUAGCACCAUCACUGAAGUAAGGAGUUUUCAUGGUUUAGCCGGGUUCUAUAGGAGGUUUGUGCCAAAUUUCAGCACCAUCACUGCCCCUUUAACGGAAAUCAUCAAGAAGAAUAUUGGAUUUAAGUGGGGAGAGGCACAAGAGAAAGCCUUCAACGCAUUAAAAGAAAAGCUAAGUGUUGUUCUUAUGCAAGAAAAGAGGCCAAUUGCCUACUUCAGUGAGAAGCUCAAUGGUGCAGCGUUGAACUACUCAACAUAUGACAAGGAGCUCUAUGCAUUGACUGAUGGGCAAACUGAGGUCGUUAAUCGAACCUUGGGAAAUUUGUUGCGUUCUGCCAUUGGGAAGAAUUUAAAAGCAUGGGAAGAUUGCAUAACAUUCAUUGAAUUUGCAUACAAUAGGCCUGAAGGUCAAGCGAAGGCUGAUUUGGUGAAAAGGAUCCAUGACAAGGCAAGGCAACACAUGCUGAGGAGGAAUGAGCAGAUUGCAACCUGUGCCAACAAGGGACGAAAGUCGAUUACUUUUCAAUCUGGAGACUGGGUCUGGGUUCAUUUUUUAAAGGAGCGAUUUCCGAAACAAAGGCAAUCCAAGCUGAACCCACGUGGUGAUGGACCAUUUCAAGUACUGAAGAAAAUCAAUGACAAUGCAUACAAGGGAUCUUCCAGAUUUGAGGACGAAUCCUUUUGA